GAAACAUGUCCAUAUCUUGCACCUGUAUAUCCUAUUAAAACAUCAGAUAUGACUGAAAUAGAAUAUCAGAGACUUUUGGGAUAUGAAGUUUCAUCAGAUGGAGUAGUUGAAGCAACUGACUUAUUUCUAAAACGAGUUUGUGGAACUGGAAGAUUGUUUUUUGCUGUAAUGAUGGUUUCUUGUAAUAAUCAUCCUUUUGCCUUAAACCAUGCUUGGUCAUGGCUCGCGGAUACUUUAAAUUUUGCGCCAAAACCUGAUAUCAGCGCAAGUCUUAUUUUACAAUGUUUAGAAGUCACAGGACAUAGUCAAAUGAAUUGCUACAAACAGCAAUUUUCAAAAAUCAUGAUGGUACUUAUAGAAGAAUAUAUGCCAGCAUUAGGAAAGGUUGAUAGUGGUGGUCCUUAUGCAAGGUUAAAAGAAUUUUUAUUAAAGGCAAUAGAAACUGGUAUGAUAAAACCUCCUAAGUACACACCAAAUACAGAUACUGUUGAGUAUCUUUAAAUACGAAAUAAUUGAAUUGAAC